GCCUCGUUUCAUGUGUAUGUAUAGAGCAUGUUCUUAGUUCUAGUUCAGUUGUAACUCUAAAGCAGCUUCUGUUAAAGUGUCCAGUGCAGCAGCUAGUCCUGAGUUUUGACUCUGAGUUUUAUGAACUUGAGAGUGUAUAGUGCAGCCAGAGUAGGUAUGAUGUAUGUGUGUUGAGACCUGUGAGAUAUAUAUAAUAAUACCUGAGUGGAUUGUGUUGUGCUAGCUGCUAUACUGAAAGACUCAAGCUGAAAGUUCACCAACAGUUUAUUUUCUCACCGGUCCUAAGUCAACUGAUAGUUUGUGUACGUGAUCACUGUGAACACUCAAAGGAUUUCACACAUAAACCGAUUGAAUGCACAAUUUCUCUAUCCAUUGAAGAAGGAGGGAGAGAGGCUGCACUCUGACCCCAUAUGAGCCUGACCUUUGUACAUGUAGAAAAACACUUGCUGUGAGAAGGGUGUGUGUUGUCUUACUGGUGAUGCCGAUUGAAGUUUUCAUGGGAAACAUGCCCUGUGUGUCACCUUCGACCUCUGCCACCUGCCCUGUGACCAAGCCGUGCUCUCCCCUCGUACACCACAAGACAUCCGAUGACCCAGCCUCCUCUAACUCGAGCCGAAGCAUCGAUACCUCGAGCUCCACCCCAGAAUUCAGGAGAGGGAAAAGAGGAAGGCACACACUACCACUCAAGAACCGGUCUCGCUCUGUGUUUAUACGGCUUCAGCUGCCGAAUGCUCGCACGCCCCCGCUACCACACCGCAACCUGUCCAUACUCGGAGAGUCGGAUUCUUCAGACACUGACAUUCAGACGGCUCCGGUGGUGGAGUCCACUGGCGCGCCAUUCUUCCUGUAUGAGUCCAACAGGAGAGCAUCGGAUGGUGUCAGUGUGGACAAGAGACUAGACUUCUCAGACAUCAAGUCCCCCCAAGAAGAGCCCCUCCCCUCACCACACACACACGCACGUGCACGUGUAUCAUCAGACAGACCAGGAACUACCAACAGUGCUGGUCGUCGAGGGUCCUUUAUCCAUCUGUCUGAUGCCGACGAUGAAGAUCAGCAGAAUGUACGCUCCAGAGCCUCGAGCAUGAACAGUCACAUCGGAGACGAGACGUACAUCACUCCAUUCGCUCAGAUUUUGGCCAACUUGCAUCACAUUCGGCACCAGUUCCUCUCGCUGUUCAGUCUCCCCCCAGAGACGAGGACCUCUCAGACGAAGGUCAACCCCCGCACCCUUCCCUCCCCACUCAGCUCUCCACCCAAGAAACUAUCGGAGGGAGUACAGAUGAAGCUGGCUAUGCAGACUCUCGAAGAGUUUGACUGGUGUCUGAAGAAGCUGGAGUCUGUCAACUCGGCUUCAAUGGGCACGAUGGCUCAGGACAAGUUCCGACGAAUCUUAUCUCGUGAACUCUCCCACAUGACAGGAAAGAGUCGAGCUGGUGACCAUGUGGCUGAGUGGGUGCAGAACAUCACCAACCCUGACGAUGGCUCCUCUAUGGUAGACCGUGCUCUGGACACCUCUACCAUUCAUGAUGACACUGAUGACAUCAAUGACACUCUGUAUCUGCAGGAAGCUCGAAUGUCCGGCUCUCUAGUUCACGACGUCUGGUCCAAGAUGAAGCAUAGGACCACCUCCACAUCUUCUGUGGGGGGCAGUGUGGAUUACUGCAUCAGAGUGCCAAUGUUCGGAGUUCACGACUCUAAUAUGGACAAGACUGCAAUGAGAGAGUUCAUGGUCCAUCAGAUGGAUGCUUGGGACGUGGACACAUUCCACUUGGACACCAUCUCAGCUGGCAACGCACUUGUAUCCGCCUCUUAUCUCAUUUUCAAGAAGCGAGACCUCUUCUCAACCUUUAAGAUCUCCCCACACGCCUUCAUCAACUUCAUGUCAGAAAUACAGAGAUCGUAUCUGCCCAACCCUUACCACAAUCAAGUACACGGUGCAGACGUCCUCCUAGCUACAAACUACCUCCUCAAAUCCGAAGCCCUGAAAGGAGUGUUCACUGACCUCGAGAUACUCGCCGCUCUGGUAGCUGCUGCUAUCCACGACGUAGGUCAUCCUGCACGUACCAACCAGUUCCUGGUCAAUGUGCAACAUGACCUGGCUGUACUCUACAAUGAUAACUCUGUACUUGAGAACCAUCAUCUUGCCCUGGCUUUCAAGGUCCUUCAGGACCCUAAGUGUAACUUCAUUCAGAACUUCGAGAGUGACCAAAGACAGGCUUUCAGGAAAAUGGCCAUUGAUAUGGUGCUAGCUACGGACAUGUCCAAGCACUUCAAGCACCUGGGAGAUUUGAAGACACUCCUGGAGACUCAGAAGGUGGCCAAUGAUGGAAUACUACAAUUGGACAAGUACAGUGAUCGAUCAGAGGUCCUCCAAUGCAUGAUCCACUGUGCUGACUUGAGCAACCCCACCAAGAGAGAAGACCUGGCUGCCAACUGGUCACGCAGAAUAAUGGAAGAGAACUUCCUACAGGGAGAUGAAGAGAAAUCGCUGGGAAUUCCCCUGAACCCUCUCGGAGAUAGGGAGCAGGUGUCACUGUGUAAAUGUCAGGUGACAUUCAUCGACUUCAUUGUUGACCCGCUAUGGGAAACAUGGGCAGAGCUAGUCUAUCCGGACGGACAACUCAUGUUAGACAAUAUUGCCAAAACUCGCGAGUACUGGCACACCCUGGUGGACCCCAACUCACCCCCACCCUCGGAUGAAUCAGGAAGCGAGGAAAUAAAUCAGACUAAUGGGCCGAGGGAGAAUUGCAGUGGCGAGAGGGUUAACGAGGUGGCUAUACUUGAUGACUCUCCUGCGACAGUGACGUGUACCGUACUGUCCUCUGUGAGCAGUGAAGCGAAGUACAGCACCAAUGUAUUAAAAUCCUUCUCAGGAUCUCCUCUAUCAGACAGAAGGACAUCUUUUCAAAAAAUGAAAAAGCUGAAAGCAGUACAAGAUUCAGCAGACUCUUAACUGUACAAGCACGUUGUAGUGCUCUCCACUCAUUCACAUGUUCAACUUUUUUUCUAUGCUCAAUGUUUUUCGAAGUUCGUACUAUAUAGUACGAAUGCUCGGAUCUCAUUUGAAAACAGACUUUACUAGCAUUUUUGACGUUUUAUUGUCUUCAUUUUUAUGUUGUAUAUAGUAACCCUUUGUAUAAAUUACAGUGUUCUCAUUACACGGUCCAACAAAUAUUAGCAAAUAGUAA